ACCUGGACUCCAGGGUGAACUCCGAAGGCCUGGAUAAGAUCCUGAAGCCCUCGGAGCCCAGGGCCGGAUCGUACUUCAAGAGUGUGUCCGUGUCAAAGAUUGUCCUACCUGAUGGGAGCGUGGAGGAGCGUCGAGUGACCCGGGACGCUGAAGGGAACGAGGAGACCACGGUGACGCGGUCACAAGGCAAACAGUCAUACACCACUGUGACCCGGCGGGACGCUCAGGGCAAGGAGGAAAGGACUGAAGAGAUGGUCAACAUGGAUGACAGUGAGUGCUCAGG